UCAAAAAUCACAACAAUGAAGCCCACACAGCUAGCUUCAAACUCAAGUCCUCUGUUGUAUACAACAAAAACAAACACAAGUGCAGAGCUGAAGAAUGCAACAACAUUGAUGAUAUUCAGAAGUGGCAAGCUUCAGAAACUCUACUCUAACCAGGUUCGUAAUCGGUUUUAUACCCACCCUUUUUCUCAUUAUUUUUUUACUACAUUAGCUGCUGCUGCUGCAUCUUCACCUAAUUUAAACAAUUCCCACUUAGAUAAAUCUUCAGAUAAGUCAGAUAAGUUUUCUGGUAUUGCAAAAUCAGUGACAUUGAAAUGCUCACAUCUCUGGGAUGAUAAUAAAGUUUCGAGUUUAUCUCUUCAAGAUUAUCUUCUUAAUCUUUCUUGUGUAUCCCCCAAUACUGCCCGUAGAUUUUUGAGGUUUUCGAGGUUAAAACCUCAGGAUGUUCUUGAAAUUUUACUGGGUUUUGAGAGUGAUGAUGGGAAUUUUGAGCAUAAAGUUAGAAAGAUUGAAUCUUUAUGGGGAAUUUUCAAGUGGGCUAGUGGCCAAAGUGGGGAUUUUUUACAUGUUUCUCAGUCUUGUAAGAUUAUGGCUUCGAUGCUUGUGGAGGCAAGAAUGUUUGGGGAUGCUGAAAUGUUACUUGAGAAAGUUGAGAGUCCGGGAAUUUUGUUGGAUAGUCGAGAAAUGUUCAGUAAUUUGAUUAUUGGGUAUGUAGAUACUAAUGAAGUGAAAAGGGCUAUAUCUGUUUAUGAUCGAAUGAGGGGCUUAGGAUUGGUUCCAUCAGUGAGGUGUUAUCAUGGUCUUCUUAACAAAUUGAUUCAAUUAGGUGAAACCCAGUUGGCAUUUCAGUUGUUUGUUGAUAUGGUGCAGAAUGAGUCGGGAUUCAAUAUAGAAGGUAAGCGUAUCUACCAGAAACUCAUUCAGAUGCUUUGCAUAGAGGGAAAAGUUCAAGAAGCAAGAGACCUCGUAAAGAAGAUUGCGACUGAUGGAUUGAAACCGAAUGCAUUAGUUCUUAAUGCGAUUUCCAGUGUGUACUGUGAUAAGAAGGAUUAUGAUGAUCUUUUAAGCUUUUUUGCUGAAAUCGAUUGUGCACCAAAUGUGUACUGUGGUAAUAUGGUCAUUACUUCUUUGUGCAAAAGUUUUGGUGCAGAAGAAGCAUUUUUAUUUAUGCAGGAAUUGGAAUUUUUAGGCUUCUUCCCUGAUGAAAUAACAUUUGGCAUCUUGAUAGCAUGGGCUUGUCAUCAAAGUAAAUUAAAGGAUGCUUUCUUUUACCUCUCAGAGAUUCUGUCCAGGGGAUUAAAACCUCAUAUAUAUUCCUACAAUGCUCUUAUUGGUGGGCUAUUCAAAGAGGGCAUGUGGAAUCAUGCCAAAGAGAUUCUCAGCGAAAUGAAAGAUAAAGACAUAGGACCUGAGUUGUCAACCUUCAGAGUUCUUCUUGCAGGUUUCUGUAGAGCUAGACAAUACGAUGAAGUGGGAUUGGUGGUUAGGGACAUGGAAAGCCAUGGAUUGGUUCAACUCUCACCUUCAGAAGAUUUACUAUCAAAAGCGCAUUUGUUACUGGGGUUUAAUCCAUCCUCCGUGAAAGUGAGAAGGGAUAAUGAUAUGGGUUUCUCAAGAACAGAGUUUUUUGAUAAAAUAGGCAAUGGGCUAUAUUUGGAUACAGAUAUCGAUAAAUUUGAGAACACUACAACUAAAAUUCUUGACGAUACCAUGAUUCCUGACAUAAACAAUUUAGUGUUAAGGGACUUUCGUCCUACAAAUCCUAAAGCCAUGAUGUUGUUGGUAGACGAUAUGCUUCACUGGGGGCAAAACCUAUCUUUGUCUGUCUUUUCAGUAAUAAUAGAAAGCCUUUGUAUGUCUCGUUGCGGCAUCAGACCAAUAGCAAAUCUUUUGGAAAGAUUUCCAAAGCUGUUAAGCCAGAUUGACCAGGAAAUUCUUAAUGUUCUUGUUCAAACACUCAUCAAAAGAGGACAUACAUUAAAUGCAAAGAUCAUUUUUGAUAAAAUGGUCCAAAGGCGUCAAAAAAUCACAAAUAACACUUACACUGCUAUUUUGAAGGGAUUGUGCAAAGUUGAAGGCUUGGGAUGCAUCCAGCAGUAUUGGGAACUGGCGAGAUCUGAUAAGUGGGUGCCUGAGGAUGGGGAUUUUAAAGUACUUAUAGGUUUCCUCUUCCAACGGAAGAUGCUCAGGGAAGCACUAGAGCUUUUCCAGACCAUGAUGGUGGCUUGCCCAAAUAUGCAAUCGGAUCUUUGUCAUGAUUUUCUUGAAUAUUCUUGUUGUGCAGGUUUUACACUAGUUGGACAUGCUUUGACAGAAGAACUGUCAAAGCAAAACUUUAUCUUGGAUGGUGUUGCUUACAGCCAUUUAUUUUUAGGCUUUUGCAAGGAGAAGAGAAAUGCGCAAGCCUGUAAGCUCUAUGAUAUAAUACUUGCUAAAAACUUCGCUCUAAAGUUUGAUGUUCUUGGUGUGUUAAUUCCUGAGCUGUGCCGGACAAGGGAUUUCAAGAAAAUAUGUAAUUUGAGAGAGAUUAUCUUGAGAGAGCAGCCUUUACCGUCUCUUGCCAUCUAUAAUCUAAUGAAUGGGUAUUGUAACGCAGGGAUGGUUGGAGAAGCAGCCAAUUUACUCCAAUAUUUUUUGUUAAAGGAUCUACGCCCACAUGAUGAAGUCUAUAACAUACUUCUUCAAGGGUAUUGUCAGAAUAAGAACUACCAGAAAGUCACUGAAUUACUCGGUUUUGUAAUGAGACAGAGUGUAACCAUCUCAACUCAGAGUUACCGGAGAUUAGUAUCUAUCAUGUGUAGGGAGGGGAGAUACACUUCUGCAUUUAACAUAAAAGAGUUAAUGCUCAAGGAAAAUGAAAGUUCGCAUGAGUUGAUAUAUAACAUUCUGAUAUUCUAUCUUUUCUUGUCUGGAAAUAUGAAGAUUGUAAGUUUAGUGUUAGAAGAAAUUCAGGAAAGGGGUUUUCAACUCGAGGAGGCCACAUACAAUCUUGUGGUCUAUGGAUUAUCCAGCGUUAAAGAUGUGUCAUGUGCUCUUGAUUAUUUGGGUAUCAUGAUGUCGAAAGGAAUCAAACCGAGUAAUCGUUGUUUUAGAGCACUAAUAAAGUGCCUCUGUAGAUGUGGGGAGCUUGAGAAAGCAUUGAAGUUGAGCCAAGAAAUGGAGUCACUUGGUCGGUUUCAUGCUUCAACCAUUCAGUAUUACAUUGUGGAAGGUCUUCUAAGCCGUGGUAAUCUCCAAGAGGCAGUAAACUUCUUAGACAGGAUGGAAAAUAAAGAUCUGAUUCCAAAAAAUAUUGUUUAUGAUAAUAUAAUCAAGCUUCUCACGUGUUCUGGGAGGCCAGACAAGGCAAUUCAUCUUCUUGACAUAAUGUUGAGGAAAGGAAACGUCCCAAGUUCUACCAGUUAUGAUUGUCUAAUACAGUGUUUUAUUAUGUGUCACAAAUUGAAUGAAGCCCUGGAUUUACAUAGUGAAAUGUUGCAUAGAAAACUAUAUCCAAGCUCCAACACAUGGAACUCCCUUAUUCAAAAAGUCUGUGAAUAUGGAAAACCAGAAGAAUCAGAAGCGCUACUUCAUUCCAUGGUCCAGAUGGGUGAAAUUCCAGUCAGGGAGACUUACUGCACUGUAAUUGAUAGGUACUGCUUGGAGAAGAACUACAAGAAGGCAUCAGAGCUUUUGGAAUUAAUGAAACAACAUGGUUAUAAGCCGGAGUUUGAGACUCAGUGGUCUUUGAUCCGACAUUUAAGCUCUUUUACAGACAAGGAUAAAAGCAAACCUCGCUUUCUGUCCAGGCUUCUUUCUGACAGUGGAUUUGUGAGGAAGGGGAUCCCCGAAGAAAAAUAAUACCAGACAGGCAGCACGCUGUAGAUAACCAAUCAUUGGUAAUCCUUGGUAUGUGUAUAAUAAUGCCAUUAACCUAGUUUUAUAAACUAUAUGACUGGAAUCUGGGGUGCGCGGCUUGACGCCCUGUAUAUACUGUGUCUGUUCAU